CGUCUCGCUUGUCUGGGGAGAUUUCAAGGCGAAUCCAGUAAAGCAAAGUCCCCCAAACAGGCAGUGAAUGGAAAAUGCCACGUUCCUUUUUGGUGAAGAGCAAAAAGGCUCAUACCUAUCAUCAACACCGCUUUGUGGAAGAUGACCUGCCUAUACUCACGUGGGAUCCAGUAACCUCUCCCUUCACUGCCAUAGGAGACAAGACAGCAGAGGACAUCAAGAAACAGGACCUUCAAUGUGUGGUUCCAAAACAAGAAAAGGACCCAUCUGAACUGAAAGAAGAAAAUGUCCCUGUCCAGUACCUGAACAGGAUGCUGCCAGGCCCUUCAGCUCAAGAGAUGGCCAUCCCAGGUCUGCAGAUCAAAGACUGCACUAACACGACAAGCACCCCUACCUUCUACAAAACCGGCUUUUCUUGGGAUGCUUUCCAUUUGCCAUACAGCUACCGACAGAUGUCUUCCACCAUGCAGUCAGCCCUCUUGGAGCAUCCAGUUAGCCUGUACGGAAGCCACCUCCUUCCAAGCGCCGAGCCCCCUCUAGAUUACAGCAUGCAUUACUCCUCGGACAUGGAGACCUACCACUGUGUGAAGUGUAACAAGGUAUUCUCCACCCCCCAUGGACUGGAGGUCCAUGUCCGAAGGUCACAUAGUGGGACCCGGCCCUUUGCUUGUGAAGUAUGUGGCAAAACCUUUGGACACGCUGUAAGCCUGGAGCAGCACACCAAUAUUCAUUCCCAGGAAAGAAGUUUUGAGUGCAAGAUGUGUGGGAAGACAUUCAAACGUUCCUCCACCCUCUCCACUCAUCUACUGAUCCACUCAGACACACGGCCCUAUCCCUGCCAAUACUGUGGCAAGCGCUUCCACCAGAAGUCGGAUAUGAAGAAACACACUUACAUCCACACUGGGGAGAAGCCCCACAAAUGCCAGGUAUGUGGAAAAGCCUUCAGCCAAAGCUCCAACCUCAUCACUCACAGCCGCAAACACACCGGCUUCAAGCCCUUCAGCUGUGAGCUCUGUGCCAAGGGCUUCCAGCGCAAGGUGGAUCUACGGAGGCACCGAGAGACCCAACACAGUCUUAAGUGAGGAAUGGCUCCAGGUCUUUGCUGGAGCUCCCGCUGCCAGUGCAUGCUCCAGGGAAGAAGAUUCUCCCCAGCAUCUCCAUCCAGUGUGGGGCUGCCCACCUCACAAAGCUCAUAUAGCUUCCUGUGCUCCUCUGGAAACUGGCAAAGUCAUGUCAUUGGCUUUGGCGUUCUGACACCCCAGGACCUUGCACAUCCCAGCAGGUGACAAAGAAGCCGGUGGGAGCUCUCACUUUUCAAUUACAGCCCACAUCUGACAUCACCUGCUCAAGUGCAAAUCCAG